UUAAGUGGUAGCAGUAAGAUAUAAAAAGAGGAGGCAUCAAAUUAAGAUUACUUGCCUUCUUUGCUUCACUUAAUUCUUAUUCCUUGCCUUUUCAUCAAUCCAACUUUCUAAUACAAGUCUUCAUGAAGCCAUCUUCUUCACAACAACAACAACAAUAACUUUGUAUUUGUUUUCAAACUUUCAUCUUGUCUUCCAUUUCCAAAUUUUGAUCAUAAUGUCCCGCCAACGCGAAACCAACCCUUAUUUUCUUCCACCACAUGUUCCUCCACUUGAACAACAUGAACCACAACAUCCUCCUUUCUCUUCUCAAUUUCCACCUUCUAAUGCAAAAAAUCAAACACCACAUGAACCACAUUCUCCUGGUGAUUCUUAUUUUCCAAGUCCAACAAUGCCAGUGUCAACAAGACAUUCCCAGCCACAGCUGCAUUCAGGACCACAACCACAUACUGGUCAUAACUCUCACUUACCAACACCAGUACCACCACCACGACAUCAGCAGCCACAUUCAGGAUCUCGACCACAUAGCCAACAUCAUCGUCACUCUUCAGGUCUAGUGCGAGUACCCACUAGGCGUAAAACUAGGCCAUUUGCAUGGCUAGUUGCAGGUUUUUGUGCACUUUUCUGGGUCAUGGUAAUAGUAGCUGGCCUAGCAAUCCUCAUCAUAUAUCUUGUAUUUCGCCCAAGAAAUCCAAAGUUUGACAUAACUAGUGCCACACUCAAUGCAGCCUAUCUUGACAUGGGAUACCUCCUUAAUGCUGACCUUACUAUACUAGCGAACUUCACAAAUCCAAACAAGAAAGGGAGGGUGGAUUUCCAUUACGCCAUUCUUGAUCUUUAUCAUGGUGGACACCUAUUGGCUUCCAGUUACAUGGACCCUUUCUCGACAAUGAGCCAUGAGUCGAGGUUUCAAGAUGUACACUUGGUGAGCAGCCAAGUGAGACUUUCUUUGGAACAAAGUCAACAACUGAAGAAAGAAGUGGAUAAUGGAAGAGUGAAGUUCGAAGUGAAGGGAUUGUUUAGAGCAAGGUCUAACUUGGGGAGUUUCCUUCAAUACUCCUACUGGUUGUAUGCCCAGUGCACUAUUGUGGUUACCAGCCCUCCAACUGGUGUCUUGAUUGGCAGAAAGUGCACAACGAAGCGCUAACAGUCAACAGAGCUUAUUAUUUUGACUUCAAGAAAUGGCUUCAGUUACCUGUGCUGACUGCUCUUUCUCUCAUGUUUUGGUUCUCUAUUCUAUUUUCUGUCAAAAUAUAUGAUUUGGGGCUUUAUUACCUCUUACCAUUCUUUGUACUUCCUCUGUCAAUUUUACCCACAACACCUUUAUA